AGGACUAGCUAGCUUAACUGCUAACUGGAUGCUACUUACGCAUACGUUAAUAUAACGCUAGUUUACUAUCCUAUUUUUCUAAAAUUACAUAGCGUGCGCCUCUAUGUCAAAGUAUAAGACUUCCGGAUACAAAGGCUCAUAUGACUACAACAAAAGUGAGGAGCGGGAGGGAAGAAGCUGUGUGCGUUACAAAUGUGGCCUGCUGAACACCAUACAGGAUGUCCUGCGCCAAAGGCCAGGUUGGAUUGAAGUCAAAGAUGAAGGAGAGUGGGACUUUAACUGGUGUGAUGUGGGCUGGCUCAGGGAGAACUUUGACCAUUCCUACAUGGAGGAACAUGUAAGGAUAAACCACUUUCGCAACCAUUAUGAGCUGACUCGCAAGAACCUCAUGGUGAAAAACCUCAAAAGAUACCGGAAAACUCUUGAAAGGGAUGUUGGCCGCAUGGAGGCAGCCAAAUGUGACUUUUUCCCCUGCACCUUCGCACUGCCCAGCGAAUAUCAUCUCUUUGUAGAGGAAUUCAAAAGAAACCCUGGCAGCACUUGGAUCAUGAAGCCGGUAGCAAAAUCUCAAGGGAAAGGCAUUUUCCUGUUCAGGAAACUGAAAGACAUCAUGGACUGGAAGAAGGAUGGCACCCGCUCAGAGGAACAGAAGGAUGCAGCUCAAGCGGAAAGCUAUGUGGCACAGCGCUAUAUAGAGAACCCCUACCUAAUUAAUGGCAGGAAAUUUGAUCUGAGGGUCUAUGUGCUGGUCACAUCCUAUGUUCCCUUAAAGGCCUGGCUUUAUCGAGAUGGCUUUGGCCGCUUCUCAAGCACCCGCUUCUCCCUCAGCAGUAUUGAUGACAAGUAUAUGCACCUCACGAAUGUGGCUGUUCAGAAAACAGCGCCAGACUAUGAUCCUGAAAAGGGAUGUAAGUGGCAGAUGCAACAGCUUCGAAGAUACCUGACUGCAAAGCACGGCAGAGAGACGGUAGAGUCCCUGUUUAAAGAGAUGGAUAACAUCUUUGUCCGCAGUCUACAGAGUGUACAGAAGGUCAUUAUAAAUGACAAACACUGCUUUGAGCUCUACGGGUACGACAUUCUACUGGAUCAGAACCUCAAACCGUGGCUAAUUGAAGUGAACGCCUCUCCGUCGCACACACCCAGUAGUCAAGAGGAUUACGAGAUGAAGUGCCGGCUCCUGGAAGACACACUGAACGUGGUUGAUAUGGAGGGAAGGCUGACUGGCAAGGAGAAGAGGGUGGGUGGCUAUGAUCUCAUGUGGAACGAUGGGCCCGUCUAUAGAGAGGAUGUCAACCUAGAAACAAUUGGCGGUUCAUGUUUCACUGCCAACACACACUUAGGGUGUGUAAACGACAGAGAGAAGCAGCUUCGCCGGCUUCUGAAACCAUUUCCAGGCCAGAAGAGGAUGUAACACACCCAUCAUUUUUAUGUCCCACUAUUAUAGUAGUUUGUAUGUGUAUAUGUGUUUGGGGGAGGGCAGUGAAUACAAAUAACUGAAAAACAUAAGUAAUAAUUCAUACAAAAUGAGCUUUCUGUGCACCUAGGAUGAAAUCUGAAUAUGCAAAUGAAUGAAAACCACAUUUGUAAAACUACAGGAAAUGGUGUAGUACGUUCAUUUACAGAGUUAAAAUGCCGGUGUGUAGGAUUUAGGGGAAUUUAUUGGCAGAAAUGGUAAUAUAAUAGUCAUAACUAUUUUCCCAUUGGUUUGAAUUCACCUGAAAAUAACAAUUCAUUACCAUCUACAUACAGAGCAGGUCCUCUCCCACAGAGUACGUCAUGUUGUUCUACAGUAGCCCAGAACAGACAACCCAAACAUGGGCUCUAGAUAGGGCCAUCCAUGUUUUAUGCAUUGGUUACCGUAGUUCUACACGCUUGGCACACAGGAGAUAUUUCAGUUCUGCAACCUCACCACUAGAUGCCACUAAAUCCUACACACUGGACCUCUAAUACCUUUCUUCCAUUGUCACUCUUGGCUGCGCUGAGUAAAGCCAUGUUGCUGAUUUGUGUUUCAAUUGCAAGUUAAGACUGGCCACGCCAAGCUGCGCCAGAGAUGGACCUUCUCCGAAGUAGAUCCAAAAGCUGGGCCCUCGACAACCCCCAUUCUCCCCCCGCACAAACAAACGUGUGUGUUGCGAGACUCUAGUCACCUCUGUCUGCAGGUGACCAGAGAGGAAGGCGUUUUUCAAAGUCUCCGUGUUCAACUCUCAGUACUUUUGUAGCUUCUAACUGAAUCUAUGUGGUUUGGAGUUUCUCUCCUAGGGAAUGAAAUGCGUUACUGCAUGUCACUGUCACUGCAUUUUUAACUUUGCUAGUGCCUUUUCUUUAAUAAAGACAGGUCUAAUAAUACGGCAGGGAGGAAGAGGAAAAUCAGAAACAGCCACA